AUGGGUAGCAAGUGCAGUUAACAAAAAUCUAAAUAAUUUAAUAUUCAGAACUAAAAAUAUUAAUUUAUUCAUAGAUAUUCAAAAAAAUUAGAGGAAUGGUGUUAGGCCAUAGCAAUAAAUAAAAAUAAUUAAAUAUUAUUAGUGGGAGCUUCAUCAAAUAUUAAAAUCUUUAAUUUUAACCAUAAGAAAAUAAAAUAUAUUUAAUCUAUAGGAGGACAUGUUUAAGGUAUAUCUACUUUAGCUUUUAUGUAAUAAAAGGAAUUUUUUGUAUCUGGUUCACUGGAUGGUAUUCUGAUUGUUUGGCCAUAAUAUUUGGUAACUUCAAAAAAGUUUACAUAAAAAAUAAAAGGGCAUGUGAAAACAAUCACUUGUGUGUAAUUAAGUUUAGAUAGUAAUAUAAUAAUAACUGGUAGUCGUGACAAGACUAUCAAAUUUUGGUAUAGAUCUCAUUUAGAUAAUCAACAAUAUUAUUUAUAUUAAAGUAUAAAUGAACAUACUAAAGAUGUAUAUGGAUUAUCAUUAAAUGAACAAUGUAAUGAAGUCAUUUCUUGUUCUGAAGAUAAAACGAUUCUGAUUCUAGAGUUUAAAGAAUGUUGGACGGUUAAAUAGAAAAUUAAAGGGGAUGGAGUUCGUCUUUGUUAUUUACCUAAUAAUGUUUUUGUUUUCCAACCAUAUAAUUAGGAACAUCUUGAAAUUUAUUAUCUUGAUACCUCCCUUUUAUACAUUAAAUUAAAAGAUGUGCCAAUUAAAAUAUCUGAUUAUGGAUGUUAACCAUAUUUUCCAGCAUUAUAUAACAAAAAUAAAUAAAUUAUAGUAGUUAAAAACUGUUCUAACGUCAAUUUAUUUACAUAUUGUUCUAAAUGUAUUGAUUUAAUAGAAUCAAUUGAUUUUUAAGAAAAUUGGUUAUAUGGAACUUUUAGUGAUGAUGGAGACUUUUUGAUUACUUACGACUAUAAAUCAAAAGAACUCUAAAUUCGAGAAUGUAUCAAUUAUAAUAAGUGA